UAUUCGUCCACUUGAUAAAGUUUUGUAAUGAUUAGUGAUUGUUUUAAUCUCGACCCAAACUGAUAUAGUACUAGUUAAUAUAAUAUAGAACGAUUUAAUAGUGAUUUAAGAUUUAAGAAUUUUUUUAUUGCCAAUUACAUUGGGCUGUUUGCUGAACGUCGGGACUUAAAGUACUAUAAGCUUCAUUGAAGACUAUCUCGCCGUACUUUGAUUUGGCAAGUUUAGCGAAACAUUGUCGCUUGUGCAUUCCUCUCGAGUACCACGGACUUGACGCCUGAAGUACCUCAGGUUGUUUGCCGUAUUAAGGAUUCUCAAAAGCCAAACCAAUGUUCUAGUAGAUCUCAUUAAAUAAUAGGAAUAUUUAUUAAAAACUAACAAACAUGUCGAAUUGUGAUACUUCCACCACUGUCCUAUCCAAAGAGGAGCUUUCAGCAGAAGCAACACCAAGAACAAGGUGCUACAGAUCUCUUGUAGCAUACUGGAUCUUAGGCCUUUGUAACAAUUAUGGAUAUGUGGUCAUGCUAACAGCUGCCAGUGAUAUAAUUGGUGAAAGUAGCGAGGCUAAUAGUAAAAGUAAAGUAAGAGAAAACUGUACUUAUAUGUCGACUGGGGCAAUUCUACUGGCAGAUAUACUUCCAGGGUUGAUAGCAAAGUCCCUGGCUCCAUUUAUACCAUUUUUCGUACAUAUAAGAGUAAUUUUAUGUGUGAUUCUCGCUGCGGCUGGUUUUCUCGCUGUAGCUUUUGGAGGCACCAUAUUUAUAUCUAUCUUAGGUGUUGUUCUAACAUCUUUUAGUUCUGGAUUGGGUGAAGUAACUUAUCUCCAAUACAGCUCUUUUUAUCAUAAGACUGUGAUCUCUUCUUGGAGUUCUGGAACAGGAGGAGCGGGUGUAAUAGGAUCUCUAUCAUAUGCAUUAUUACAGCAACUAGGCUUGCAGACUACAUUACUAAUAAUGCUUGUAAUACCAGCGUUAAUGUGCAUUUCAUUCUGGAUCAUACUCCCAAAACCAUCUAAAGAUGACAUCGCUCUAGCCUUAGAGAUCCAGAGGAAAGUCAACGAAGAAGAACUGACAAAUCCAAAGGAAACCAUCAUUAGAAAGCUUAAACUUAUCCCUGGACUUUUGAAAUACAUGAUACCUUUUGGACUAGUUUACCUCUUUGAAUAUUUUAUUAACCAAGGAACUUUUGAAAUAAUUCAGUUUGAAAAUUUCUGGCUAUCAACUAGUUCCCAAUAUCGAUGGCUACAGGUCACUUAUCAAGUGGGAGUCUUUAUAUCUAGAUCUUCCGUUAAUUUCUGGCAUAUAAAACAGACAUGGAUUAUGGCAGUUUUCCAGGGUAUUAACGUAAUCAUUUUUACGACAGAAGCUAUUUAUUAUUAUAUUCCAAGUUUCUACAUAGUUGUGGCCUUGGUUUUGUGGGAAGGCCUGCUUGGAGGAUCCUCAUACGUGAACACAUACUACAGAAUUACUAAUGAGGUUGCUCCGGAAAACAAACAGUUUUCAAUGGCUAUUACAGGUUUUGCAGAUAGUGCUGGGAUUUCUUUGGCGGGUAUUUUUGCUAUUUUAGCACACAAUGCCAUUUGCAAUAUUCCUUUACCAGGAAGAUAAAACAAGGACUUAAAUAUAUCUGAUUUUUUUAAUGUUAUACCUAUAUGUUAUUGUAUUUAUUCAGUCAAGAUUUUUUUUAUUUAGAAUAUGAUGUUUUAUUUUAAAUAAACUAACUAAAAAAAAAA